CUCUCCGCCAAUAGGCGGUGACGCUGGCCCAGGGCCGGCAGUGGGCGCGGGUGGGCGGCUGGGCAGCAUGAGCGGGGUGGUGCGUGCGGCCUGGCGGCUGGGGGCCGCUGCCGUGCGCGGCCGGGCUGGGCGCCCGCUGAGCCAGACGGCUGGGGAGGGCGGCGGCGCCGCCGAAGCGAGCGGCGGCGGCGGCGGCGGCGGCGGCGGCGGCUCAGGGUCGCGGGAGGCGGUAGAGCGGUUGGUGCGGGAGCACCCGGUGGUGGUGUUCAUGAAGGGCAGCCCGGAGCAGCCGCUCUGCGGCUUCAGCAACGCCGUCGUGCAGAUCCUGCGGCUGCACGGCGUGGAGGACUACCGCGCCCACGACGUCCUACAGGACCCCGACCUCCGGCAAGGAAUAAAAAACUAUUCCAACUGGCCCACCAUCCCACAAGUAUACCUCAAUGGUGAAUUCGUUGGUGGCUGUGACAUACUCCUCCAGAUGCAUCAGAACGGAGAUCUCGUAGAAGAGCUGAAGAAGCUAGGAAUCCGUUCAGCGCUUCUGGAUGCAGAAAAAGACCAAGACAAAAAGUAAAAUGAGAAGAAAGAUGCUGUGACAGGAAUAAAGCAAAUCUUCGAUAAGAACUUGUUACCAGUAAAGCCUUACAUACUUCAGCUCGAAGAAGGCAUUUGUUGGAACUGACACUAAGAUUUUUCUGUGAAUGUCUGUUAGUUCACAGUAAAUGUAGCGAUCUUGGUAUUUUGAUUUAUGGGUAUCGUGAAAAUUUGAGUAUAACCACUGCACUGUAAAGCUUACAUUGGUGGAAAUUUGUGUUUGGGAAAAGUUCACUUCUAAAACCAUUUUCUUCUUUGGAUUGAGGGGAGUAAACCAAAAGAACUAGUAUUUUUAUGGAUUUUGAGUGUGCGUUUCUCUGUUCUUUGGUACAUGAACCUACGCAAACAGCGUUUCCAUUGCCUUGCUCCUUUUGAAAAAGUGUCAAGUAAUAAUGCGUUAGUUUUGCUGUAUAACUCCUUGUGGUAAGAUUUCCUGAGAGCCUGUAAAACUUCUGUAAUCACACAUGCUAUAGGAGAAAAAUAGUCUUCAAAAAAUAUAGGAGAAAAAAAUUAUACGAGAGUACAUGAAAUAUGCUUUUAUUCCAAAGGGUAAAAAUAAAGACUUAUACAAAUAACAGGUAUAAUGGUCAUUAUUACUUUGUAACUUUCUGAUAGCUUUUAAAAGGUUGUUAAGAAUUGUGCCUAAGAUUUUAUAAAACCUUUUCUACCUCUUGCAAAGUAGCUUUUCUCCCUGCUUAUAUACUUUGUAUAUUGCAGUUCUGUGUCAGUGCUAAAAUGUGGGAAUUAUUUAAGGCUUCAGAAUUCUAUCUAUCUUAAAAUAGUACAGGAAAAUACUGCAGUUACUACUGUAAUCUUGUAUUAUUUGCUAGUUACUAAUUUAUCUUUUUAUUUGUUGUAUUUCCGAGUAUUUUCUCCUGACUGCUGUGCUCUGAAGAAUAAGGUCUUCAGACAUGGGAUUAACAGAUGAAAUGUUUCAUGUAGAUGAGUGCAGCAGAGAGGCUACUGAAUAGAUAAAUACUUCUUUGUGAAAAGUCCCUGAAGUCUUCAAUACAUAACUAAUCACAUUUCCCAAAGUGAAAACAUACUAUUGACCAGUGUAGCUUCAGCUGUACAGCAAUACUGCUAAGGUUAAAAGCUAACCAAGCUGUUUCUGCUUUUAUUAAUAUAAACUAGUUUGCAUGUGAAAUAGGAAAAUGAUUGGAAAUAAACUGUAUGUUGAUUGUC